CUUGUAUGUCUCAUAUGAUCAAGAGUUUCACUGACUGAAUGAAAUAAGCAGUUCAUUAUCCUAUAAGUUAUGAAUCCAAAAUAUCAGUUCUGUAUCCAUGCUUUUUACUAUUUUGAUAGAAACUUCUCUGUAAUAUCAUUUGAAAAUAUAGAAGAAUCAUAAAUUCCUACCAACCAUAAUCAAUUGCCUAAUUUUACUAGGUGCUAUUCUUGUCCAACACAUAUGUCAUGAUUACAUUUCAAUAUAUUUUUUGUAACUAUUGUAACCAUAGUUAUCAUAAUUAUAAUCUAAAUAUAGCUUGUGCCUAACUGUCAUAUGACAAUAACAACCAUUUUUUCGUGCUUUGAUUUUUGUGCUUGUUAGUAGUUACAACGUUUAUUUACUGCAAGAUACAAUCAGUAUGUGUAUUGAUUGGUUAUUCUGUCAUUUUUUGGAGCCAAAGUUUGUUUAUCAGUUUAGCUGAUAAACAAUGGAGAUCUAUCUAUAAAACAAAGAAAAGCUUGGAGAACAAACACUUCUCUUGAAAAAUGAAAAAAACUCCGAAAAUGGAUAGUUCUUUAAGAUUCUGUUUUGUUGCUAUAGCAUUUGGUUUUGUGUUUAUAAUGAAUGGAAAGCUUAGCUCUGGAACAACACCCCACGAGGCAGAUCCUCCCCAGGCAUCAAACUUGGCCUUCUCUCCCGAGGCUGCUCCUCCAGACACCUCUGCUAUGGACGAUGACUCUGACAUAAAUUAUGAACCUGUGCCACCAUUUGUCCCCGAGUUCCCCGUUUUUAUAUUUUACUUGGGGGAAAGGAAACACGAUGAUCCUAAUUUGGUGACUCAAUCACAUCUUGAAAUCCUGAAAUCGGUUCUUGGAAGCGAAGAAGCAGCCAAUAAGUCGUUGGUCUACAGUUAUCACCAUGGGUUUUCUGGCUUUGCAGCGAAGCUCAAACCAGCCGAGGCAGAGAAAUUGAAAAAGCAUCCUGAAGUUAUUAUUCUUCUGGAAAACCGAAAACUUGGGUUGCAAACGACACGGACAUGGGAUUACUUAGGCCAAUUUUCAACUCCAACUUCUUCUAAAGGUCUUCUACAUGAGACCAACAUGGGCAGUGGUGCUAUUAUUGGCGUUAUCGACUCUGGGAUAUGGUCAGAAUCAGGUGCCUUUGACGACGAUGGAUAUGGACCAAUACCAAAACAAUGGAAAGGACAAUGUGUAUCUGCAGACCAGUUCAGUCCUGCAGAUUGCAACAAAAAGCUUAUUGGAGCUAAAUACUACAUUGAUGGUCUUAAUGCAGAUCUCGAAACAAGUAUCAACAGUACUAUAGAAUAUCUAUCUCCAAGAGAUCGUAAUGGCCACGGGACUCAAGUAUCCUCAACGGUAGCUGGUUCCUUCGUUUCUAAUGUGACUUUGCCCGGUCUCUCCUCUGGGUCAAUCAUGAGAGGUGGCGCUCCAAAGGCGCACAUAGCUAUGUAUAAAGCAUGUUGGGAUGUGGAAGGAGGGAUGUGUUCAGUUGCUGAUGUCUGGAAAGCUUUUGAUGAAGCCAUUCACGAUGGUGUUGAUAUUUUGUCGGUUUCUAUUGGUGGCUCAGCCCUGAAAUCUCUUGAUGUUGAAAUCGACAUCGCAAUUCCAGCACUACACGCCGUGAAUAAAGGUAUUCCUGUUGUUUCUCCAGCUGGUAAUGGAGGAUCCCGCUAUUCAUCGGUUAUUAACAUUUCUCCAUGGAUAUUAACCGUGGCUGCGACUACCCUUGACCGGUCUUUCCCCACAUUGAUCACACUCGAGAACAAUAAAACCUUUCUGGGUCAGAGUCUGUACACAGGACCAGAAAUUAGCUUCACUGUUCUGAUUUGUACUGCUGAUCAUAGUAAUCUUGAUCAAAUUACAAAGGGUAAAGUUAUAAUGCACUUCUCGAUGGGUCCCACGCCUCCAAUGACACCGGAUAUUGUUCAGAAAAACGGUGGUAUCGGUCUAAUUGAUGUGACAAGUCCGAGUGAUAGUAGAGUUGAAUGUCCCGCUAACUUUCCAUGUAUCUACUUGGAUUUGGAAGUUGGAUCUGAGCUAUAUACCUACAUCCAAACUACGAGCUCACUAAAAAUUAAGAUAAGCCCAUACAAGACAAUAAUUGGCGAAAGAGUAGCAAGUAAAGUCGCAAAGUCAUCGGCAAGAGGGCCUAGUUCAUUUUCACCUGCCAUUCUUAAGCCGGAUAUAGCAGCUCCGGGUGUGACCUUGCUAACACCUAGAAUACCAACAGACGAAGACACCAGCGAAUUCACUUACUCAGGAACAUCAAUGGCAACUCCGGUAAUUGCAGGAAUAGUAGCACUCCUCAAGAUUUCGCAUCCUAAUUGGUCUCCUGCUGCAAUCAAAUCAGCUCUUGUCACAACAGCCAUGAAAACUGAUCCAUACGGCGAGCGUCUGACUGUAGAUGGAGGUAACUAUAAGGUAGCCGAUGCAUUCGAUUACGGAGGAGGUCUUGUGAAUCUGGAGAAAGCCACAGAUCCUGGUCUUGUAUACGACAUGGACAUCAAUGAUUACAUACAUUACUUAUGUUCACAAGCACUUUACACAGACAAGAAGGUUUCUGCUCUAACCGGAAACAUCACUAGUAAGUGUCCAAGCUCAUGUUCAUCGAUUCUUGACCUCAAUGUACCGUCAAUUACCAUUCCAGACCUCAAGCGAGACGUCACAGUGACCCGAACCGUGACAAACGUAGGACCUGUCAAGUCGGUUUAUAAGCCUGUGAUCGAGACCCCAUUAGGAUUCAAGGUUGUGGUUUCGCCGAAGAAGUUAAAGUUUAACAAAAGAAGAAACAAGGUUGCGUUUAAGGUGAGAGUGUCUACAGGCUCACAUAGAGUGAACACUGCGUUUUACUUUGGGAGUUUGACUUGGAGUGAUGGACUUCACAAUGUCACAAUCCCAAUCUCUCUGAGGACACGUUUUAUCGAUAAUUUGUUCCUGUAAAUUGUUUAAACCCCGAUAAUUGAAAAUGUUGAUGUUUUCAUCGAAUCCAUUUGUUCGAGAGGAAAACUAAAUAA